AUGUCAAACCCUAAUAUAACCCUCUCGAUCGCUUCGGUGCAAAACAUCAUGGAUCCCCCUGUGCGGAGCAAAAUUGGGAGGAUUUCCGGAUUGUACAGCGCCGGAAGCGCAGGCUGCAGCAGUCUCUGGCGCGAUGCGGCCCUGGUUGUACCGUCGGCUUUGUUGGUAUUGUACCUAGGGUUCCAGGCCAGGCGCCAUCUGAAGAAGCUCAGCCACCGGAAGUCUUACGUAAUGAUUGCGUACUACGCGCUCCUAUGGUUCUCGGCUCUUCUCAAUUUGGCGUGGUCUCUUCUUCAGGAGAACUAUGCUAGUGGAUUGGAAUCACUGGCGCAUACUUUCCUAGUUUCAGGUUCCUUUGUUGCAGUUGACAUACUUGUCCAGGCAAUCUUCAUUUUUGGGUUUGGGGUGCCGCUCUUCAUAAGUGCUGAUGCUUCACAUUGGGGGAAGUGGGGUGUAUUGUUUGUUCAUACUUUGGUGCUCACAGCAGUCUAUUGCUACAUACUGUUUGUUCACUAUUCAAAGUGGAGAGAUAAGUUGCCACCAAGGCCUUCAUUCUACAACUACGUAGUUGUCAUGUUCAUAAUAAAUGCUCUGGGGUUGUUUGCUAGUGGACUGGCUGGAAAUGGUUUUGGGCUUGGACUUUGGUUCUACAAUGUUAUAAUUAUCUGCCAUCACUCCCUUUAUCUUUCAUUCCUGUAUGUAACUUUCCUGGCUGGCUUCUUCCAGGAGGAAGAUUGGCUUUUGGAUAAUGCAUAUUACUCAGAGAUGAAAGAUGCUGGUUUUUUCGAUACUGAGUGGGAUUAGUCGAUAUGCGCGAUGCAGAUGGGAAAUUAAGGCCUCCAGGUAGGGUUGUAAAUAAAUGUAACCUAAAACUGCAUCUGUUAAGUGCACAGCUCUGAAGCAAAACUGAGAUGUAGUGUAUAUUCCCUCCCUGCAUCGAGGCACUGGAAUUGUAAAUGUCUUAAUAUAUGAAUUUGGAUCCGCACAAAAGGUGUCCAGGUCUGUUUCCACUCCAAUAUAGAUGUUACACUUGAAUACGGCCUACCUUCCCAUGGUUAGGAUGGUUGGAGAAUGUAAGGAGGGGAGCAGGGCAAAAGUUUCCGGGCUCACUGCCACAAGCCCAGUCUGACCUUAUUUUCUUUAGGAAGUGAGAUGACGAGUAUUAGGGUCUUUAGUGUGAAAUUGCCUGAACAGAUUGUCUACCUUCUGCUAAUGCAGAUGCUAUGGUUAACUUCCAGUAAGGCUACUGAUGCAUUGGAAUGGAAUCUGCCAUUAUACGAUCUGAUUUUUGGUUGUCGAAUAACUUGUAGAUCAUGUGUAAGUGGAUGAAGGCAGUUGUUUCAACAUUAACUCGUGCAUGAGGCUUUCUCUAGUUAUUCUAGUGGAUGCAAUUGCAGCCUCAAAGAUGUGAAAUAGUUAAUCAAGAGCUGUAACUGUUUCCCAGCUUGCUGGACACAAUGCGAAAUCUAAGGAUGUGAUUAAUGAUA